UAUUUAAUCCCCGCUCCGAUCCGUCUCCUCCGCCGCUCCUCAAGCUCCCGUCUCUCGAGCAUCUCUCGCUUUGCUUUGCUGCUGCUUCGGUGAGGUCGAUCUGGCGGCGGCGGGGGCGGAGGGCUCGGGGGCCGCGGGGAAGGCGCCGGCCAUGGGGCGGGGGCGGGUGGAGCUGAAGCGGAUCGAGAACAAGAUCAACCGCCAGGUCACCUUCGCCAAGCGCCGCAACGGCCUGCUCAAGAAGGCGUACGAGCUCUCCGUGCUCUGCGACGCAGAGGUCGCGCUCAUCAUCUUCUCCAACCGCGGCAAGCUCUAUGAGUUCUGCAGCACGCAGAGCAUGCCAAAGACACUUGAAAAGUAUCAAAAGUGCAGUUAUGCAGGGCCUGAAACAGCACUGCAAAAUAGAGAGAGUGAGCAAUUGAAAAGCAGCCGUAAUGAGUACCUCAAACUGAAGGCACGUGUUGAAAACUUACAGCGAACUCAAAGGAAUUUGCUCGGCGAAGAUCUUGAUACAUUAGACAUAAAGGAGCUGGAGCACCUCGAGAAGCAGCUUGAUUCAUCCUUGAAGCACAUAAGAUCAACAAGGACACAGCACAUGGUUGAUCAACUGACAGAACUUCAGAGAAAGGAAAAAAUGUUUUCUGAAGCAAAUAAGUGUCUUCGAAGAAAACUGGAGGAGAGCAAUCAGGUUAUCUGGCAGCAAGCGUGGGAGCACGGGGAGCCACAACCAGAAGUGCAGCAUCAGCUGCAAGGCGGCAAUGGAUUCUUCCAUCCCCUCGACGCUGCAGCUGCUCGUGGUGAACCCACCCUUCAGAUAGGGUACCCUUCCGAGGCACUGACUAGCUCAUGCAUGACCACCUUCCUGCCCCCAUGGCUGCCAUGAGAUCACACUACUGUGUGAUUCUGAAAUAAUAAAGAUGCGGCAGAGCCGCCCAUCGCGCUGCCAUAUGUUGUGCUUCGAGUGAUAGAUUCCACUUUAAGAUUCUUGCGUGGCUUGUAUGUGUGUAACAUUUGUGAUGAGCUUGUUGGAGAUUAUCCAUUUGAUUCUCGAAUAAUGUAUUGGGCAUUAUAA